AUGAAACGUGUCCAGCCUUCCAUCUUGCAGCGCCAGCUCUUGGCUUCUCUGUUUUCGAUAUGCCCACGCGACGCUGUGGUGGCUACCAAGGGGUCCCGGCUGGGACCCCUGCGGGUGACUCGAGGUUCCUCUCUAAGCGUUGCUGCCACGAACAGCAUCGUGAGCGCCGCAGCUACUGAUCCCAAUAUGGCCUCUUCCCGCAUGUGGCUACCGGCCUGUGGUGAUUUAACAUUGAAGGAGGGCUUUAGGCGCUUCACAGCAACUGCAAGCCCGGCAGAAGCGACAGCAGGCGGGGUUGAGGGGGAAGAACAAAGCUACCCUUUUCAGGCCGAGACGCAGAAGCUGCUUCAAAUUGUUGCACACUCGCUCUACACUGACAAGGAGGUCUUCAUCAGAGAGCUCAUUUCCAAUGCCUCAGAUGCGCUGGAAAAAUUCAGGUUCUUGCAGGCGACACAGCAGCAGCAACAGGAGGGAGACCAAAAGCAGCAGCAAGGGCAACUUCGAGUUAUUUUGCGCGUCAAUCCUUCAGAAAGGACUUUUGUCAUUGAGGACAAUGGUGUGGGAAUGAACCGAGACGAGCUGGUGAAGAAUUUGGGAACGAUCGCGAGGAGCGGCUCUCUUGAAUUCUUGAAGAACGCGGGGGCCGAGGCUAGUAAAGACAUCAUAGGCCAAUUCGGCGUGGGCUUCUACUCAAGCUUCGUCGUUUCUGAUCGGGUGGAGGUCUUUACGAGAUCGCGGGAGGGUGGGAAGGUGCUGCGAUGGUGCAGUGACGGCUCUGGGACCUUCAGCCUGUCCUCAGCUCCAGCAGAUUCCCUGAGCUCGGCUUCGGGGACGAAAAUUGUUUGUCACUUAAAACAGGAUUGCCUGGAGUUCGCGAAUCCCCAUAGAGUGAAAGAGUGUGCCAAAAAGUUUUCGUCCUUCGUUAACUUCCCAGUUUACAUGGAAGAAAACGGCAAGGAAGUUCAAAUUUCUUCUCAGGAGGCCCUUUGGCUCAAGCCGUCCCCAACCCCUGAGGAGCACAAGCAAUUUUUCAGACACCUCACAAACCAGUCUUGGGGGGAGCCUUUCUACAGCAUCAUGUUUUCAGCUGACGCGCCACUAUGCAUUCGCUCCGUAUUGUACUUCCCAGCUGAUCCCCCAAAUCGUCUUUUCCAGACAGGUCCACUGGAGAGUGGUGUGUCUUUGUUGGCACGUCGCGUCUUGGUUAAAAAGAGCGCAACAGAUCUUCUACCCAAGUGGCUUUGGUUCCUCCGUGGUAUCGUUGAUUGCGAAGACCUGCCUCUCAAUGUUAGCAGAGAGCACAUGCAAGACUCCGUCCUUCAACGAAAGCUUUCCACUGUUAUUGUUAAGCGUAUUCUGAAGUUCCUCAAUGACCAAGUGAAAUCGGAUCCAGAAAAAUACCGUCAAUUUUACCAGAAGUACUCUCAAAGUAUAAAAGAAGGGGUUCUGGAGGAUGCACACCAUGACAGCGUGUACAAGGAUAUGCUUUUGCCCCUUCUUCGGUUUGAGUGUUCUUCUGAGGAUGCUGGGAAAAUGAUUACCUUUGACGAGUAUCUUGAAAAAAUGCCCGCCAAGCAGAAGAAUAUCUACUAUUAUUGCUGCUCAGACAGGACGACUGCUCUCUCUUCUCCCUACAUGGAGCAGUACGUCGCGAAAGGCCGGCCAGUUCUUUUGAUGACGGCAGACAUUGACGAGUUUCUCGUCAUGAAUCUUUCAGAGUACAAGGAAAAGCGGCUGGUUGCAGUUGACUCCCCUGGGGAAGACGCAGAGGCGGAAACAGCCGACGAAGAGGAUGAGAAAACAGCAAAGGAAAAAGAGGCGAAGCCCAAGCUAGUGGGAGAGCAGCAGACUGAACUUGCAGCAUUUGUCAAGGAAACAUUGACCGCCAGAGUAACUGCCGUCAAAUUCUCCGACCGGCUUUUGUCUUCUCCGGCAGUUGUGUCGGGCUUCCUUUCCUCAACUUUGAGGCGGAUGAUGAAGGCCACCUUGCAGGGAGCUCCAGAAUCACAGCUCAAUCUUGCGAGCCUCCCUGCAACUCUUGAGCUGAACCCUUCACACGAAUUAAUAACCUCUCUCUACCACCUUCGUACUUCUAACCCAGAUGUGGCCAAGUUGCUGGUAGAGCAGCUAUACGACAACGCGUGCGUCGCUGCGGGGAUCAUGGAAGAGCCGAAGACUAUGGUGGGACGGCUAAACAAACUGCUGUCUCUCACGGCGCAAUACGCCUACCACCAUGCAGGUGGAGCGUCGCAGCCUGCUUCGCCGUCUGGGGAAGCAGCAGCAAAAGCCGAGAAGGCAGAAACUUCAGAGACUGCACAGGCCUGA